ACGUGCACAUAGGAUUGCCACCCAAAAUGUUCCGACACCGGAGCCCUGUGUCAACGGCUACAACAUUUGCGAGGAAUGAGCAGGAUUAACUAACAAACCGAUUCUUUCCGUUGUUUAAUAACAGACUAUAAGGUAUACUCUUUCACAUAGGGCAAAAAUGGCGGCUGCUAGUUCACCUAAUCCAUUUAGCACAAAAUGGAAAGCUUCAAGAAGAUGCAGGUUAAAUUAUCACCCAGUAGCUUCAACAAUUCGAGCUUCUCAGACCAUAGAUGACGAGAACAAGUUCUACAAAGAACUGGGAAUGUUUUCAUUAAGAAAGAAGAUUGAAGAUUCUGUUCUACGUGCUGAGAUGUUGGCCCCAAUGGCAUUGGAACUCGAAGAAGCAAGAUGCGUCAAGCAGGAAGAAAUAAUACAUCAAUAUAGCUUGUGGGAUGACCUUACCAAGUCAAACGAAAUCCUUGUCAAGUUAGCUGACAGUGCUAAGAUGGUUGAUGCUCUCAAAGACCUUAAAUUUAAGGCUGAAGAAGCUAAGCUGAUAACCGAGCUGGCGGAGAUGGAUGCGAUAAGUUAUGGGCUCUUUAAACAGGCGUAUGCUGCAUCUGUAGAUGUGAGCAAGUUCUUGGAUAAGUAUGAGAUAUCAAAACUUCUGAAGGAGCCAUAUGACAUGGAGGGAGCAUGCAUUAUAAUUGAAUCUGGUUCUGAAGGCAUUUACUCUGAGAUAUGGGCAGAACAGCUUGUAAGAAUGUACACAAGGUGGGCUGAAAAGCAAGGUUAUGGAGGAAGAGUAGUUGAGAAAUGUCUUUCAAAGAAUGGUGGUAUCAAGUCUGCAACGAUUGAGUUUGAAACUAAGUAUGCCUAUGGCUAUCUUUCUGGGGAAAGAGGUGUUCAUCGCAUGACUAGAAGUUCACUAAAUGGUUGUCUUCUCCCUGAGGCUGGCUUGGCUGCUGUGGAUGUUAUGCCUCUAUUCCUCGAAUCAGCUCCUGACCUAAUAAUUGAUGACAAAGAUUUGAUGAUCUCACUCCCCCCAUGUUGUGAACAGGAGCAAGGCCCACUUGAGCCUGCUGUUCACAUUCAUCAUAUUCCGACUGGCUUAAAAGUCCAAUCAACUGGUGAAAGGAGCCGCUUUGCAAAUAAAAUCAAGGCCCUCAAUCGCUUGAAGUCCAAACUUCUCAUUAUUUUGAAAGAUCAAGGAAUUUCCAACGUGACGGACAUCAAGAGAGACGACAUUACCAAUAUUCAGCAACUAGAGAUUCGAAGGUAUGUGUUUCACCCAAACAAACUCGUACAAGAUGUGAAAACUGGCAUCCAACUCCCUGACUUAAAUGCUGUUUUAAAUGGAAAUAUUGGGCCUCUCAUUGGUGCUCAUAUCAACAUUAGACAUACUUGAUUUUGAUCUGAAAUCGGAUUUCCUUUAUGUUUUUUUCCUCCUGCUGGACACACCCUGUCUGUCAAUUUUUCA